CUCUCCCUGCAGAUGAAAUCAUGCACCGGGACAUCACCCCACUCUGCGCCGUGGACAUCCAGGACCAGCUGAAGAAGCGCUUUGCAUAUCUGUCUGGUGGGCGCGGGCAGGACGGCAGCCCCGUCAUCACCUUCCCGGACUACCCGGCCUUCAGCGACGUCCCCGACAAGGAGUUCCAGAAUGUCAUGACCUACCUCACCAGCAUCCCCAGCUUACAAGAUGCUGGCAUUGGAUUCAUCCUGGUCAUAGACCGAAGGCAGGACAAAUGGACCUCGGUGAAGGCAUCAAUCCUGCGAAUAGCAGCGUCCUUCCCAGCAAACCUCCAGCUCGUCCUGGUUCUGCGCCCAACGGGGUUUUUCCAAAGGACUCUCUCUGACCUCGCGUUCAAAUUCAAUAGAGAUGACUUCAAGAUGAAGGUGCCGGUCAUAAUGCUGAGCUCAGUACCAGAAUUACACGGUUACAUCGACAAGUCCCAGCUGACCGAGGACCUGGGCGGGACCCUGGAUUACAGCCACACCAGGUGGCUGUAUCACCGCACAGCGAUUGAAGGUUUCGCCCUCAUGGUUAAGCAGACAGCUCAGAUGCUACAGUCCUUCGGGACCGAGCUGGCCGAAACGGAGCUGCCCAACGACGUGCAGUCGACGAGCUUGGUGCUCUGUGCGCAUACGGAGAAGAAGGACAGAGCGAAGGAGGACAUGAGGUCGGCACUGGAUGAGGGGCAGAGCAUCCUGGAGAACAUCAGGGAGCCGCUGGCCAAGGGCGGGGAGCAGAGCCUAAACCAGGACCAGCUGGAUAACCAGACCACUGUGCAGAGGCUCCUGGCCCAGCUGAGCGAGACCGAGGCUGCCUUCGAUGAGUUCUGGGCAAAGCAUCAGCAGAAACUCCAACAGUGUCUGCAGCUCCGGCAUUUUGAGCAGGACUUUCGAGAGGUCAAAGCCUCCUUAGACACACUGGCCCAGAAGAUAGCAACCUUCACCGAUGUGGGCAACAGCCUGGCGCACGCAGAGCACCUCCUGAAGGACCUCACCAGCUUUGAGGAGAAGUCGAGCGCCUCUGUGGAGCGGGCCCGCGCCCUGGCACUGGAGGGCGAGAAGCUCAUUGACAGCAAGCACUACGCUGUGGACUCCAUCCGCCCCAAGUGCCACGAGCUCCAGCACCUCUGUGAGAGGUCCGCGGCCGAGGUGGAGAGGCGGAGGGGGCUGCUCAGCAAGUCCCUGGAGCUGCACGGCCUCCUGGAAGCAUCCAUGAGGUGGUGUGAUGAGGGGAUCUACCUGCUAGCGUCGCAGCCUGUGGACAAGUGCCAGUCCCAGGACGGCGCGGAGGCGGCCCUGCAGGAAAUCGAGAAAUUCCUGGAGACCGGUGCAGAAAAUAAGAUCCAGGAGCUCAAUAAAAUUUACCAGGACUAUGAGUCCAUCCUCACCAAAGACCUGAUGGAGCACGUGCAGAAAGUCUUCCAGAAGCAAGAGGGCAUGGAGGAGAUGUUCCACCGGAGACAGGCAAGCCUGAAGAAGCUGGCAGCCAAGCAGACGCGGCCCGUGCAGCCCGUGGCCCCCCGGCCAGAGGCGCUCACAAAAUCGCCCUGCCCCUCCCCAGGUAUCCGGAGAGGCUCUGAGAACAGUUCUGAGGGCAGCACGCUCCGGAGAGGGCCCUACAGGAGGGCCAAGAGCGAGAUGAGUGAGAGCCGGCAGGGCCGGAGCAGCUCCACGGGGGAUGAGGAGGAAAGCCUGGCCAUCUUGCGGAGGCAUGUGAUGAACGAGCUCUUGGACACGGAACGGGUCUACGUGGAGGAGCUGCUCUGUGUCCUGGAGGGCUAUGCUGCUGAGCUGGAUAAUCCGCUCAUGGCGCACCUCGUGUCACCGGGCCUCCAAAACAAGAAGGACAUUCUCUUCGGAAACAUGGAAGAGAUUUACCACUUUCAUAACAGAAUAUUCCUGAGGGAGCUGGAAGACUACGCAGGCUGCCCAGAGCUGGUUGGAAGGUGUUUCCUGGAACGGAUGGAGGAGUUCCAGAUCUACGAGAAGUAUUGUCAGAACAAGCCGCGCUCCGAGAGCCUGUGGAGACAGUGUUCUGACUGCCCAUUCUUUCAGGAAUGUCAGAGGAAGCUGGACCACAAGCUGAGUCUGGACUCCUACCUGCUGAAACCGGUCCAGAGAAUCACCAAGUACCAACUGCUGCUCAAGGAGAUGCUAAAAUACAGCAAGAGCUGCGAGGGGGCCGAGGACCUGCAGGAGGCACUGAGCUCCAUCCUGGGCAUCCUCAAGGCUGUGAAUGACUCCAUGCACCUGAUCGCCAUCACCGGCUACGACGGGAACCUGAGUGACCUGGGGAAGCUGCUGAUGCAGGGCUCCUUCAGCGUCUGGACGGACCACAAGAAGGGCCACACCAAGGUGAAGGACCUGGCCAGGUUCAAGCCCAUGCAGCGACACCUCUUCCUGCACGAGAAGGCUGUGCUCUUCUGCAAGAAGAGGGAGGAGAACGGGGAGGGAUACGAGAAGGCCCCUUCCUACAGCUACAAGCAGUCCCUGAACAUGGCGGCCGUCGGCAUAACAGAGAACGUGAAGGGCGACGUGAGGAAGUUUGAGAUCUGGUACAACGCCAGGGAGGAGGUGUACAUCAUACAGGCACCGAGCCCUGAAAUCAAAGCUGCGUGGGUGAGUGAGAUCCGCAAGGUGCUGACCAGCCAGCUGCAAGCCUGCCGAGAAGCCAGCCAGCACAGAGCGCUCGAGCAGUCCCAGAGCCUGCCUCUGCCCGCGCCGCCCAGCACAAGUCCCUCGAAAGGGAGCACGAGGAACAUCAAGAAGUUGGAAGAAAGGAAAACUGACCCCCUGAGCCUGGAAGGAUACGUGAGCCCCACGUCGUUGCCGAAGCCCCCCGAGAAGGGCAGAGCUUCUCCUACCAGCCCUGACAAAAAAGCUAAGCGACACGAAGUAAAGAGCGACCCAACGCCUUUUGGUUUACGAGGCUGGAGCAAAACGUCUCAGCCCUUGGAGGCCCCUGAGGACAACGACGGCUGGUCCAGUGCCGAAGAGCUGAUUAAUUCCUCAGACGCAGAGGAGGAAGGCAGAGUGGGCCCCAGGAAGCCGGUCCCAGGAAAGUACACGGUCGUGACGGGCGACGAGAAGGAAAGCCCCGACGCGCUUGCCGUGAGAAGUGGGGACGUGGUGGAGGUGGUCCACGAGGGCGACGAGGGCCUUUGGUAUGUCAGGAACCUGACCUCCAGCAAGGAGAGCUGGGUGCCGGCCAGCAGUCUGUCCAUGCUCCUCAGCACGUCCGGCUCGGCUCAGUGCCUGAGCAGCUCAGAGUCCAGUGCGGGGUCCGCCCUGCUGAGCACCUCCUCCAGCUGCAGCGAGAGCUGUGGGGCCCCCCUCUCAGACCUCCAGGGGUAGCGCCGGGCCCCGCAGGAGGCCGUGCGGCCUGCGAGCCUCUAAGUUUUCCUUUGCUUGGGCUUGCUUAGUUUGGUGAGGGGACGGUGCUCUAAGAGCCUGGGGAAGGAGGACCCGGACAAGACCCCAACGAGGAGCCGCCUGCCGCCCACGGAACCUCAAGGUGCAGACGCAGGGGCCCGCAGAGGGAAGGUUCUGGAAGAUUCUGCCCUGCGGCCUCCACGCCAGGACCACCCCCGAUGAGGGUGCAGAAGCCAGUUGCACGAAGACCGAGGUACACUGAGCUUUCCGGGAAAACCAGGAUGGACCGAGGGCACCAGGCCGCCGCGAGGAGCCCAUCCCAGCCGCUCUGCGUGGUUCCGGGCAUUUCUGGGCUGGUGCUUCCUGCAGGCAUAGGCAUGUCGUGGGAGUGACGAGUCCACUGACCCAGCAGCUUGGUGGGGGGCCUGUUUUGUCUUUUACAAGUUUUUUUUAAAGCAGGGAUUAAUUCCAUGGCCAUUUUUUGUGGUACUCUGGCCGCUAAUCUUUACCAAGAAUCACUGUGUUUACAUGAAAUGACAAUUUGAUACUGUAUUUGAUACAAAACUAUUUUCUGUUACCGGGGUUUACACGACAGCACGUUGUUUAUACUGCUGGGAGAUUUGGGGGCUCUCGUGGGGACGGAAGCCCUCGCCAAGGCCCGCCUGGCCACAGGCGGGUGAACACACGUCCCCUGAUAAAAUCCAGCAGCGUUUCUACAAACAGAGGCAGUGGAAACCAAGGAGAGUCCCUUAUCUGUGUAGGUUAAUUUUCAAAAGAAAAUUUAAACUAUAAUUUAAAAUAUUUAGCUUCUUUUCUACAAAAAAAAAUGGAACUUGAUUUUUUUACCUAGCUUCACUGAAUUAGGAUUUUUUAUUGUUUUUAAAGAAUAAGUAAAGAUGCGGUUUUUGUGGGGUACCCUCUGAGCGAGCGCUACCCACGCGGGCUGGGUGGAAGCGCCAGCCUCCGGCGGCCCCCGCCGGCACCUCCCGCACUCGGUAAACCCCCCGAGCUCGGAAACGCAAGGAGUUCAUUACUGAAACCGAGGCAGAACCAGAAAGAAAACUCCUGUGUUUUACCUUUUUGUGUUUCGGAAACAAAUUCUGUUCUUUGGAAACACCGUCUGUAUCUGGUGGGGGCAGAUAUUUUUAUUCGUGUGCAUAUGUGGGUGUGUGUACGUAGGUGUCCCGUGUCAGGGACGCACCACGGCCCCCGCGAUGCUGGAAACUGUCACUUCACAGCCCUCCCUGUGCCCCGCGCCUGCCGCGCCCACCGCCCACGAGGCCCCCACCGGCCCACCUCUGCAGUGCGUCCCAGCAGCUUUCCUCGGUGUCUGGUCGUGAGACCGUGACGCGUCUGACAGUUUACUCCGCACGCUGCUCGUCCAGAGUCCACCCCUGCCGCCUCGGCCACGUCACCACCGCUGGGGGCCCAUCUUCGUUAAGGCACUUUAAAACCUCCCGUCCCGUCACUGCUUCUUGUUUUGUUUCAGGUCUUUUUUUUUUUUUUUCUGCUGAUGUAAAUGAAAUUUAAAAAUCAGAGUUCUUUAUUGUGUGGAUGGAGUUUGA